GGCGCAGGCGCGGCAGCCCCGGCCCCGGUGCGGCGGAGGCGGCGGAGGAGGAGGGUGCGGGACGGAAGAGGAGGGUGCGGGACGGAGGAGGAGGGUGCGGGAUGGCGGCGCCGCUGAGCGACGGGGAGCGGCGGAAGCAAAUCAGCGUGCGGGGGAUCGCGGGGCUGGGGGACGUGGCGGAGGUGCGGAAGAGCUUCAACCGGCACCUCCACUUCACCCUCGUCAAGGACCGCAACGUCGCCACGCCCCGCGACUACUACUUCGCUCUGGCCCACACGGUGCGCGACCACCUGGUGGGGCGCUGGAUCCGCACCCAGCAGCACUACUACGAGCGGGACCCCAAGCGCAUUUACUACCUGUCCCUGGAGUUCUACAUGGGCCGCACUCUGCAGAACACCAUGGUGAAUCUGGGCCUGCAGAACGCUUGUGAUGAAGCUAUUUACCAGCUGGGUUUGGACUUGGAGGAGCUGGAAGAAAUCGAAGAAGAUGCUGGGCUGGGAAAUGGAGGCUUGGGCCGACUGGCAGCUUGCUUCCUAGACUCCAUGGCCACGCUGGGGCUGGCGGCGUAUGGCUACGGCAUCCGCUACGAGUUCGGUAUCUUCAAUCAGAAGAUUGUCAACGGCUGGCAGGUGGAGGAGGCCGAUGACUGGCUGCGCUACGGCAAUCCCUGGGAGAAGGCCCGCCCGGAGUACAUGCUCCCCGUGCAGUUCUACGGCCGCGUGGAGCACACCCCUGAGGGGGUGAAGUGGGUCGACACCCAGGUUGUCCUUGCUAUGCCUUAUGACACACCAGUGCCAGGAUACAAGAACAACACUGUAAACACCAUGAGGCUGUGGUCUGCAAAAGCACCCAAUGACUUCAACCUCCAAGAGUUCAACGUGGGUGACUACAUCGAGGCGGUGUUGGACAGAAACCUGGCCGAAAACAUAUCCCGAGUUCUGUACCCAAAUGACAACUUCUUUGAAGGCAAGGAGCUGCGGCUGAAGCAGGAGUACUUUGUGGUGGCUGCCACCCUCCAAGACAUCAUCCGCCGCUUUAAGUCCUCCAAAUUUGGCUGUCGAGACCCUGUGAGAACAUGUUUUGAAACCUUCCCAGACAAGGUGGCUAUUCAGCUAAAUGACACCCACCCUGCCCUGUCCAUCCCAGAGCUCAUGCGGAUUUUGGUGGAUGUGGAGAAAGUGGACUGGGACAAGGCCUGGGAGAUCACGAAACGGACCUGUGCCUACACCAACCACACCGUGCUGCCUGAAGCCCUGGAGCGCUGGCCCGUCUCUAUGUUUGAAAAGCUGCUGCCACGUCACCUAGAGAUCAUUUACGCCCUCAACCAAAUGCAUCUGGACCGGGUGGCAGCUCUCUACCCAGGGGACAUUGACCGUCUCCGGAGGAUGUCGGUGAUCGAGGAAGGAGACUGCAAACGUAUCAACAUGGCGCACCUCUGUGUGAUCGGCUCCCAUGCAGUCAACGGCGUGGCCCGCAUCCACUCGGACAUCGUGAAGAACUCCGUGUUCAAGGAUUUCUAUGAGCUGGAGCCUGAGAAGUUUCAGAACAAGACAAACGGGAUCACGCCAAGGCGCUGGCUCCUGCUGUGCAACCCAGGACUGGCUGAUGUGAUUGCUGAGAAAAUUGGGGAAGGCUUUAUCACAGAUCUGAGCCAGCUGAAGAAGCUACUGGACUUCAUCAAUAAUGAGGCUUUUAUCAGGGAUGUGGCAAAAGUCAAACAGGAGAACAAGCUGAAGUUUGCAGCCUACCUGGAGGAGCAGUACAAGGUCAAGAUCAACCCCUCAUCCAUGUUCGAUGUUCAGGUCAAGCGAAUCCAUGAGUACAAGCGGCAGCUGCUGAACUGCCUGCAUGCCAUCACCCUCUACAACCGCAUCAGAAGUGAUCCAUCCAAAUCCUUUGUGCCCAGGACUAUUAUGAUCGGAGGAAAGGCGGCCCCUGGCUACCACAUGGCCAAGAUGAUCAUCAAACUCAUCACGUCCAUCGGCGAGGUCAUCAACAAUGAUCCUUACGUGGGGGACAGGCUCAAGGUCAUCUUCCUGGAGAACUACCGAGUAUCCUUGGCUGAGAAGGUGAUCCCAGCAGCAGAUCUCUCCCAGCAGAUCUCCACAGCUGGCACAGAGGCCUCUGGUACUGGCAACAUGAAGUUCAUGGUGAACGGGGCCCUCACCAUUGGUACUAUGGAUGGGGCCAAUGUGGAGAUGGCUGAGGAGGCCGGCGAGGAAAACCUCUUCAUCUUUGGCAUGCGGGUGGAGGACGUGGAGGCCCUGGAUCGCCAAGGGUACAAAGCGCAGGAGUACUACGAGCGCCUGCCGGAGCUACGACAGGCUAUCGACCAGAUCAGCAGUGGGUUUUUCUCCCCUCGAGACCCCGGUUGCUUCAAGGAUGUUGUGAACAUGCUCAUGAACCACGACAGGUUUAAGGUGUUUGCUGACUAUGAGGCCUACAUUAAAUGCCAAGGCGAAGUGGACCAGCUGUUCAUGGACCCCCGAGAGUGGACUAAGAAAGUCAUCAGGAACAUUGCAUGCUCGGGCAAGUUCUCCAGUGACAGGACCAUCACGGAGUAUGCCCGGGAUAUCUGGGAUGUGGAGCCAUCUGCCACAAAAAUCCCCCCACCCAACCUCCCCCGGGAUUGAUGCAAGCACAGAGGGAAGGAAAGAGGGAUGGGUUCCCAGUCCAGGAGGCCUCACCUGCAUUUCACCACCAAUCAGAUGGGCUUGGCUCUGCAGAAACAAGGCCUUUCCCUCAGUGGGGGGGCUUGGAAGGAUACUCUGAGAAGGAGCCCUGACUGAGGAACAGAACUGGGGGGGAGAAAGGACCCUGUGUUUGUACCCAUGUAUCCAGCCUGCAUGUGCUGCAUAGUGCUUUUAGUGAGAUGAUGACAGAGAAGUCUUCCACAGCUGUGCUCCAUGCUUAACAAGGGUUUUCCCACUAAAUCCUCCUCUCUCCCCCUGCAUGAAGCCUGAUCUGGCCUCCUUGACCCUGGCCCACAAGCAGGUUUAGCCAGCAGAGAGCAUCUUGCCUCCUUCUCCAGUGGGUCUGCCAGCCCCAAAGCUAGGGGAAGGAGAGGCCACCAUCUGCUCCUCUGGUCCCCCUCAUUCCCCAGUAACGCCUAGAGAAGUUGGGGCUGGCUGGCAAAGCAGCUGGCCCCAGUGCAAGCACCAAUGUCAAAUGCUACGUGCCACAUGAAGAAGAGAGAGCCUGAGAUCAGCAACUUCCUUGCCACAGAGCUUGCUGUAGCCACCUUCUACACUUCUUUGUUAACCAAAAGCCCAGUAACCGAGCCACUUUAGUGAUGUUUAACGUCCAUGUCUACAUAGAGAGGGUUGUACCUGCCACUGCCAUCUGAGUGGCUGACUGUGCUGGGCCCAUGGGCCCCAAGCAUACUCUUGGCUCUCCAGACACAGCUGUAUGCUGGGUGCAACCCAAGGGGUGAACAUAUGUCACAUCCUUUGUGUCCUUCCACAGCUGGGUCACACUGUUGUCGCUGUGUCCCUCCCAGUGCUGGGGUCAGAGUUUAACACCCAUAGUGCUCUGUAGUGCACCAGUACUCCCCUGUGUGACACCAACUCAUUAAAACAAGUACACAUA